UUAUGCAUUUUCGAGCACUACUACGUCAGGUUAUCGAUACUAAGUACAAUAUAAAUCAAGGUGACCAUUUCUGGUGGUUGUAUAUAUAUUUGGUAUAUUUUAAAACCCGAAAAUGAGAUUAUAGGCUCUGCACACUGAGCCCAUCCCGGGGGAAUGGUUGGAAUUUUUGACAGAUGUGAAACUCCGAUUCACACUGCCACCAUCCACCAUCCACCAUCCACCAUCCGUCAAAAACAGCUGAUGCCAAUAACAAGUUCAUUAAAUUUGCGCGGAAGAUUUAUUAAUUCUUGGUUAUUAUAAUGGAUGAUGAAAAUAUAGCAAUUAUUUCGGCUGUGGUUGCACAGCAAAAUAUUUUCUUGCACCAACUAAUAAUGUUGAUUAAUGAUGAUGACGAUGAUGACUUUAACUUUGACGAAGAUGAGAUGCUUGACUGGGUAACUGCCAUAAAAAUACAAAAGCCAGGAAGAUUAUGGUCGUUUAAGCGGUUCGGGACAUUUUGGGAGAAAGAGGUACCAGAAAACAACGAGACGUUUUUCAAAGAGAGUUUCCGAAUGGAGAGGCCCUGCUUUGAUAUUUUAGUGAAUCGGCUUGAAGUGCUGCGAAAGAAGGACACCAACUGCCGAGCUGCAAUUCCUUUGGAAAAGCGCAUCGCCAUUGCGCUAUACACUUUGGGCUCGUCCUCUGAGUACCGAACAGUUGGCAGGCUUUUCGGUGUAGCUCCAAACAGUGUGUGUAAUAUCCUGCACGAGUUUUGCAGAGCACUUAUCCACGAGUUUUCGAAGGAGUACAUGUCGCCCAAUUACCUAACUUCCGACAAAAUUGAUGAGUGCGUAAAGGGAUUCGAAGCAAUUGGGUUUCCUCAGUGCCUAGGUGCAAUUGAUGGAUGCCACAUCGAAAUAAAACCACCAGCAGCUGAGGCAGUAGACCACCAUAACUCUAAGGGCUGGUAUUCCACAGUCUUGUUUGCCCUAGUGGAUUAUAGAUACAGAUUUACAUAUGUAAAUAUCGGCUCUGCAGGAAGGUGCAAUGACUCGAUGAUAUACCAGAAGUCAAGCCUUGCAAAACAUAUCGAAGCAUCGGCAUUACUCCAAGAGAAAGCCAAGGAAAUAAGCGGAGUAAACGUCCCUGUAAUGCUUAUCGGGGACUCGGCAUUUAGGUUUUCUAAAAAGCUGAUGAAACCUUACCCGUUUUCCACAGUCGCCUCUUUGGAACAGCGCACGUUUAACUACAACCUUUCCAAAGCUAGGCGAGUGGUGGAAAAUGCAUUUGGGCAUUUAAAAGCCAGAUUCCGAAUAAUCGGAAAAGGUCUUGGUAGCCACCACAAAAAUAAUAGCGCCAUAAUAAUGAGCUGUUGUAUUUUACACAAUAUAUUAAAUAUGCACAACAGCGCGAUUAAUGAAAAUUGGGAGCUUGCAACAAAUGAGCAGCGCGAACAGCCCGAUACCAGCAACAGUUCUGCUGACUUUAAUCAGUCAGCAGAACAGAUACGAUCUGCAAUCGCAAAAUAUUGUGUAGACCGUAAUGAAAAUUAAAAACUUAUUUAUUUUUAUUUUUUAAAACUUCUAAUAAGUCGUUCUGGAAUUUUGUUUGGGUGCUGAUCAAGUCCUGCACCAUCUUCUCCUGCCUAACGUCGUGCUCCUCCUUCUUUCUGUGGUGGCCCUUUUGUUGCUCGAGACGCUCCUGGCCAGCCACGAAAUGUCGGUCUUUUUCUUUUUCUUUGGCGGACGCCCAGACAAGGUGCUGGAGCUACAAGAUCCGUCCAGGUCCAUCUCAAUAAUAUACGUCAGAUGGUCGUCAGUGUGAAUAGCCUAUUAGACUGCGAAAGAGGCUGAUGAAGUCUCGUUUUGGAGAUAUGUACUUCCUUCUGAGUACCAAUAGUGUUGCGAAAAUAGCUUAAAACGUUUCAAAAUGGGUAUUCAUCUUUAUACCCAUCAAUAUUUAUAAAACCAUUAAAAUCAUUCUCAAUCACCA